UGGCAUAUCCAUCAAAGAAUGGGUUCUUCAAUAUCUUUCGAUAUGCCAUUUCAUGUGGAGAACAGGUUAAUAGCAUUAACUAUUUGGGCUGUUUGUGUUGCCAAAGAAGAAGGUGUAGUAACCACUGCUCCUUUUUAUGUUCUAUAUGACAAAACCAAUGGUGUCGAACAGAUUCUUAGGUCUACAAUCUGUAGCAAUAUUCCAAUAACCCAGACAGAGCAUUCGUGGUGGAGCUUUAUACCAGCAUUUGAAUUUUUCCAAAUAAAAGGUGGAGAAAGAAUGGAGCUCUCUAUCAAAAUUAGUCCAUCCGUAGAAGUGAAGAAGUGUGCUAUUCAUUUUCUGUAUAAACCAGAUAUUCGAGAAAGUCAGCAGGGACAGUUAUCAUGUGCCAAUACAAUUGUACAGGAUAAUGUACAUCCAAAGAGAAGUCGCGAUGUUGAUAUAAAGGAAACGGGCAACAACUUGGAAGAGAAAGAUGGUAAAAGGUUGAGGAUUGAGCCAGAUUCAACUUGAAUUUGAACACAAAGUACUGUUACUUGAAUUGUGUUUAAGUUGAUGUAUGUAUCUUAAUUUGUAUGUUGGUAAUUAUCAAUAAUGCC